AUGUCCGGUCUUCUUCAGUUCAAUUUCUUCCCAACCGAUUUCUAUUAUCCGAAGCCAAGCCGUGUAGAAACCGCUGACAUGUCUCUCAAACCUUGUGUUCAAUCAGUAUCUUCAUACGGAUUCAAGAAAGAUAUGGCGAUCGUUGUUGGAGAAAAGAACCAGAGUGGUUUGGUUCGUUAUGUCAACGGCGAGAUAAAACGGCGUGGAUCAUCUGAUGCAGCUACGUUUCUUGAGUAUUGUGACUCUACCAGUUAGUUUCUUUUUAUAGUUUUGACUGAAUAAAAUCUUGCUAUUUUUAUUUUAAUACUUGUUCUCGAAUAUUAUCACACAUUAUUUGUAAUGAAUUCUAUUACUUUAUAUCUCAU